CUCUCAAACGAACAAAAACGAUAUAUUAUGUGGCCAUUGUAGUUUCCGCCACCCCAGAGGCCUAAGACAGCCUGACUUUUUUUUGCACUUUCAUAAAUUUUCCACAAUUCAUCUCUUUCUCUUUUUUCACUUCACUCUGCGCCGGAAAAAAUGGAGAGAUUGGCACUUCACUCUCCAUCUUCAGCCACCUCUGCCGCCACGACUUCCUUCUCUCGUCUCUCCUACUACCAUCUCCGAUCACGUUCCUCCUCCAUUUCCACCGCCGCUCUCCGUCCAGUUUCCUCCCUUCGAUCAUCUAUUUCCGGUUCAAGAUUCAAUCUUACCGGCCCAAGAUUCAAUCUUUUUCACCCCAAACCUGUCCUUUUCAAUCCCUUUUCAAAACCCACUUCCAGAAAUCCACCGUCUCCCAAACCCAUUACUGCUUCUUCAUCCCUUGAAUCUGAUAAGGUAGUUAUUGUAGAUGUAAAGCCCAAACCCCAGGGUGCAAAGCUCAUUCCUUUGAUCAUUUCUGUUUCAAUUGGUCUUAUAGUCCGUUUCUUGGUUCCAAGACCACUUGAAGUUUCUCCUCAAGCAUGGCAAUUGCUCUCCAUUUUCCUCUCAACCAUCGCUGGUUUGGUCCUCAGUCCAUUGCCAGUUGGUGCAUGGGCUUUUCUUGGACUUACAACCUCAGUUCUGACCAAGACUCUAACUUUUUCAAGUGCCUUUAGUGCCUUUACAAAUGAAGUCAUCUGGUUAAUUGUGAUUUCUUUCUUUUUCGCCCGUGGGUUUGUCAAGACUGGCUUAGGAGAUCGAAUUGCCACAUACUUUGUUAAAUGGUUGGGGAAGAGUACUCUUGGUUUGUCAUAUGGAUUGGCCCUGAGCGAGGCUUUGAUUGCACCUGCAAUGCCCAGCACUACUGCAAGAGCUGGAGGGGUAUUUUUGCCUAUUAUUAAGUCUCUCUCACUCUCAGCUGGAAGUAAGCCUGGUGAUCCCUCCUCCAGGAAGCUCGGGUCUUACUUGAUCCAAUCACAAUUUCAGUGUGCAGGUAACUCUAGUGCUCUUUUCCUAACAGCUGCAGCUCAAAAUCUACUAUGCCUCAAACUAGCUGAGGAGCUUGGGGUAGUAAUCGCAAACCCAUGGGUGUCUUGGUUCAAGGCUGCUAGUUUACCUGCAUUUAUUUCUCUUUUGGCUACUCCAUUCAUCUUGUACAAGCUUUAUCCUCCUGAAACCAAAGAUACACCAGAAGCCCCCGCUAUGGCAGCUCAAAAACUGAAACUUAUGGGUCCUGUUACAAAAAAUGAAUGGGUGAUGAUUGGCACAAUGCUUCUUGCAGUGUCUCUGUGGGUUUUCGGGGAUGCUCUUGGUAUUGCGAGCGUUGUUGCUGCAAUGCUUGGCUUAUCAAUCCUCUUGCUGUUGGGAGUGCUUGAUUGGGAUGACUGUUUAAGUGAAAAAUCAGCAUGGGAUACUUUGGCUUGGUUUGCAGUCCUAGUUGGCAUGGCUAGCCAGUUGACAAACCUUGGUAUUGUUGGUUGGAUGUCUAGUUGUGUAGCUAAAUCCCUGCAGGCUUUAUCAUUGAGCUGGCCAGCUGCAUUUGGUGUUCUUCAAGCAUCAUAUUUCUGUAUCCACUACUUGUUUGCAAGUCAAACAGGCCAUGUGGGAGCGUUAUACUCCGCAUUCCUUGCUAUGCAUUUGGCAUCUGGAGUGCCUGGUGUAUUGGCAGCCCUGGCUUUAGCUUACAACACUAAUCUAUUUGGUGCUUUGACGCAUUAUAGCAGUGGUCAGGCUGCUGUAUACUUUGGAGCUGGUUAUGUAGAUCUCCCGGAUGUCUUCAAAAUGGGAUUUGUAAUGGCACUCGUCAAUGCUAUUAUAUGGGGAGUUGUUGGGACAUUUUGGUGGAAGUUCUUGGGUCUAUAUUGAUUCUAGUUUCUGGCAUAAGUAGAUUUCCCCCCUCUAUACAUGCCCUUUGUGUUGUGGCAUUUUAGCAACGACCUCGACAUUAUUGACUCCAAGCUGAAGUACAAUCUCUUUAUUAGUGUCAGCAUUUCUCCAUUGUAAUAUUCUUUAAAACACGUGAAUGAAAAAAAUUGUAAUUUUUGCAGUCUUUUCAUCAUUUA